GGUUGGUUGGUUCAGUCGGAUGGUGGGAUGAAGUCCAGACAGACACAAGAAAAGAAAUUGAUGCCUCAUUGAUAAGGUUCCAAAUGGAAUUUUGGCCUCGGAACGUGCACUCCCGAACGGGGAGGAUGCAGAUAUGAGUCCGGGAAGACGACGGCAUAUGUAGAUUGUGAUACCUCAUCUGCCAUCCAAUGGAGAACACUUUUUCGUUUCUAUCGUAUGAAAAUUCCACACCGAGUUGAUUAUGGCGUCUGUAAACAAACCUGGACUUCCAACCUUCCACCACCUCAAUAACUCCCAAUCCCAACGAAUCCUCUGGUUUCUUGAAGAAUUAGGAAUCGAAUAUAACCUCGUAUGCCAUACACGCGUUGAAGGUCGUGCACCGCCCGAGCUCAAGAAUGUUCAUUUCAUGGGAAAGGCUCCGGUUCUUGUCACAUCCGACAAUGUGCCCAUCGCAGAGAGCAGUGCAAUCCUCGGAUACCUGAUCGACACGUACGAUAAAGAUGGUAGAUUUGUGGCUCAGGAUAAGAUUCGCGAUGAGAGUUUGUCGUCCUUCGCUGGGUCGACUAUUGGUACUAUCUCAAUGAUCGAAUUGAUAUUUGAUAUUGUCGCACAGAAAUCUCCGUGGCCAGUAUCAAUAUUACUCGGUGGCGUUAAAUCGAACGUACAUAAGAGUUUCACCGGGCCGGAAUAUGCAACUCAAUUUCAAUAUCUGGAGAAGGAACUGACAGAUGUCUGGUUCAAUGGCAAGAAUUUGGGAAGGUCUGAUGUGAUGCUGAGUUGGCCUAUGGAUUUCUUGGCUGCAAAGAAAUAUGUGGACUUCGAGAAGUACCCCAAGAUUCUCCAGUGGAGGAAGGGGAUACAAGAGAGAGAUGCUUGGAAGAGAGCGAUGGAAAAGGGUAAUGGGUAUGAAUUAGCGGAGAUAUAAAGGGUGUUGUCUGUUGUUUUUGCUGGAAUUGUUAUGGAAGAGCAGCGAGUCUUUCCUUCUGAUGUAUAAUUAUCUCAAUUUAAUAUUGUAUCGAUGUUAGUACGUCUGAUGCUUUAUAGUUGCGUUUCCGCUUUUUCUUUCAAAAACUCGUCUUAUCUUGCAAAGAUACCGUGAUCUACGCCUAUGCAUAUUUCAUCAAGUGUUGCACAGGAUGAAAUUGGGGUUGGA